AUGAAUAGUACUCCAAUGGCCACUGCUCUCUUUCUUGCCUCUGCUUUCAUUGGUCUUAUAGCCAUUAAUGCCGCUCAAGCACGAAGUUUACCAGCUGGUAACAAACUUCUUCUUAUAUUCAACCCACCACUACCACGACGGCCACCACCUCAAACUCAGCUAUCUUCCCCAAAAUCCAAGGAAUUUACUGGCAAUAAUGAGAAGUUGGCUUUGCAGCCACCACAGAAGAUGACUAUUUAUGAAGGGACCUUGAUUUCACCUCCAACGCCAGCAUCACCAAAAGGCCAGCAUGAGAUCGAAGAGAUUCCAUGUAAUGAUGGGUGCAUAUCUAUGAUUACAGAUUUGUGGAGGCCUCUUCCAGGCAAAUAUACUCCUCCAUAUGUAGCACCUCCUGUUGUUCAAAUAGCCCUUGAUCUUGAGCCAAUACUGCAUGAAAGAUCACCUCCAAGGCAAUACCUGCUUUCAGCUUGA